GAGAAAGCAAUAAAGAUGGUUCAUGUAGUGAAUACGAGCAGCUGAAGCAAGAAAAUAUUGAAAGAAAUAAAAGGAGGUUGGCAUCUCUUAACAUCCCUGAAAUCGUCAAGAGUAUGGAGCACCAAGGUCCAUCCAAAAAAAUUUCAAAGAAAAAACAGAAGACAAGUGUUCCAACAACUAAACCUCCAAACUUGCGACCAAGGCCGCAAAGACAAAGUGUUCCAACAACUAAACCUCCAAACUUGCGACCAAGGCCACAAAGACAAAAUGCUCAACCUCAAGACGAACAAGCGAUUGCUGAUUUGCAGACGGUGGGAGAUUUUCUCACCGACAAUGUUGAAGUUACCGAGGAUGAUCCAAUCAAUGCUACAAAAAAGAGGCCUGCAAGGGGCAUAACUAAGAUGGAGGGAAUAUUCUCAAGGUCACCUGAAAUGCCAAAAAUCAAAAUUUUACUCAAUGAUCGAGGUCAGCCUAUUGGUAAAAGUGCUAGACAACUUUCAAGUGCUAUUGGGUGUCAAGUUAGAAAGAAAUUGUCUAUUGCUACCACGGACUGGAGGCUUGUUGAUAUUAACAAGAAGUAUGAGCUGUGGGAGGAUAUAAAGACAUAUUAUGAUGUAGAUGAUGCUGCCUUAAACUGGGUGAUGCGCACAGCUGGAAAGAAGUGGAAGCAAUUUAAAGCAUCCAUAAAGCAACGAUACUUCAAUCCUGAAUUGUCUAUAAAAGAAAUUCCAGAAUGUCCUGAUAAGAGGGUUAAUGAUGAUGAUUGGCACUCUAUGUACAACUAUUGGAUGUCUUCUGAAUUUCAGAAAAAGCUAAAAUAAAUCGACAAAAGCUAAAGAUGCACCAUACAGCCGGCAGUGUGAGCUAUGCAUGUUCAGAAUAUGAUUUGGCUGUGAAACUAGGACGUCCUCCACGAAGAGAUGAAAACUUUAUCCAAACCCAUACAAGAAAAAAUGGAGUUCCUACAGAACAGGCAAAACCAAUAAUUGACCAACUUAAUGAUGUUGUUGGAGUAUAUCCAGAGUUAAAGGACCGGUCAAUUCAAGAGGGUGAUGUAUUCUCUGUUGUUUGUGGAACGAAAGAGCCAAAAGGAUAUGUUCGUGUUUUGGGUUUAGGCCCUACUCCUCAAGAUAUUGGCACUCCAGGGUUGAAGUCUUAUACUGCAACAAGACUACAAAUGGAGAUUCUUGCUCGUACAAAGGUUCAAAGUGAGAAGGCUGCUUUAGAACAGCGUGUACUUGAGCUACAGACUCAAAUUGAGCAAAGGGCUCAACCAGACCGGGCAAGUGAAGAGCCCACGUCACAUCGCGGCUCUACUUCAUUUCAACAUAAGGUGAUGAGGAACAAGUUUGCUGCUGAGGAUGAGGAAGACAAUGAAGAAUAUUGUGCUUCUGAAGAUGAGGAAUUAGAUGAUGAGGAUGAUCAAAUAUUUCAUCAGAUGCAAGGUGCAAACUCACCAAGAUCUACAAGGCACUUUGCUGAAGCUUCACACUCUAAACAUGAUGAUCUUGUUGGAAAAGAUGUCAUAUUAUAUGCUAUGUUGAGAUCUGAUUUGCCUGUGGCUAAAGGGACAAUUGUUUCAACUAAACCAAGCACAACAGUUGGAGGCCAGAUCCUUGGAAGGCAAUAUUGUGAAGUUAUUGUAACUUGUGUGCUAAAACGAGAUACAAUUUUGCCUCGCCCUUGUGCCAAUGUGGAAACUAUGGCUGAUGCUUACAUGAUGUCAGUUGCAUGGCCGUACAAGAAACUGAAGUUGGUGCAUAAGGCUGCAACACCGUCUACUGAAGGGUGUUCUGGACAAAGAAAGCUUGUACCUUAAAACAGGAGGAUACAAGAAGCUGGAGUGGUUGUCUGAAGGUUUUUGAACUGCCUGAAGUAUUAGUGUAGCUUUGGUGCUUUUGUGACUGAUCAGCUCUGGAGCAGCUAGAGUGAUGUAGUUGUGGGCUUUUGAACAAUAGCUAGAGUGAUAUGAAACAUUAGUGAUGUAGUUGUGGGCUUUUGAACUGCUUCAAGCUGGAGUGAUGUCGCUGCGGUGCUUUUGUGACUGAUUAUCUCUGGAGCUUUUGUGAAUAAUCUAGCUAGCUAUCUGUAAAUGAUCUAGUUGUGAAUGAUAUUAUAAUUGUGAUGCUUUUGU